UUUUAAGAGCAAUAAUAGCCUAAUAAAUCAGGACAAACUUCAGAUUCAAUUUCCGGAAGCUGAAAAUAUUGCUGCUGCCAAAUCUGUGGCCGAAGACGGAAGUACGUGGGAGGGAACUCUCUCGCUCUGCACGGGUCUUCCUGCGAUUUUUUCUGUCGCGGCUCCUGUUUUGUGUGUUGGGGGGAUGGGGUCGUGUCGAGGAUGAGAGACUCCAAAUAUUUACCACCUUGGCAAAACUAAAUAUCUUUAUUUCCGAACUGGGCUUCCCUCGCUCUUGUACAUAUAAAUACUUUUCGACCACGCAUGAGUUUGGGUGGAAUUUGGCGACCGUAAAGUGGAGUAUCUGUACACGCUAAAAAGUCGACAAAAUGUAUUCCUCUGCUGGAGCCACCGAGAUGCUUGAGGGACCCCGUCCCUCUGGGUCAGUAAGCUCUGACCCAUCCGAUUCAGAACCCCCAUCUUCCCCAGUGCCAGAAUAUGUGUUCAAGCCACCAUCACGGCCAGACUUUGGCACCAUGGGCAGGACAAUCAAGCUCCAGGCCAACUUCUUCGAGAUGGAAAUCCCCAAACUGGAGGUCUACCACUAUGACAUCGACAUCAAGCCUGAAAAAUGUCCCAGGAGGGUCAAUCGAGAAAUUGUGGAGCACAUGGUCCAGCACUUUAAAACGCAGAUCUUUGGCGAUCGAAAACCAGUGUAUGACGGGAGGAAGAAUCUGUACACUGCCAUGCCCCUGCCCAUCGGCAGAGACAAAGUGGAGCUUGAGGUGACCAUUCCCGGUGAAGGCAAGGACCGCAGCUUCAAAGUUUCCAUCAAGUGGGUGUCCUGCGUCAGCCUGCAAGCUCUGCAUGAGGCACUCUCAGGACGGCUACCCAGCGUCCCCUUUGAGACCAUCCAAGCCUUGGAUGUGGUCAUGAGACAUUUGCCCUCUAUGAGGUAUACCCCAGUGGGCCGCUCUUUCUUCACUCCCUCAGAAGGGUGUUCGAACCCCCUCGGUGGAGGCAGAGAGGUUUGGUUUGGCUUCCACCAGUCUGUCAGGCCCUCCCUUUGGAAAAUGAUGCUCAAUAUUGACGUUUCGGCCACCGCAUUCUACAAAGCCCAGCCUGUAAUUGAGUUCAUGUGUGAGGUCUUGGAUUUCAAAAGCAUUGAAGAACAACAGAAGGCCUUAACAGACUCUCAAAGAGUGAAGUUUACUAAGGAAAUCAAAGGCCUGAAGGUGGAGAUCACUCAUUGUGGGCAGAUGAAGAGGAAGUACAGAGUGUGCAACGUGACCAGAAGACCAGCCAGCCACCAAACGUUCCCCCUGCAGCAGGAGAACGGCCAAACUAUCGAAUGCACAGUAGCACAGUACUUCAAAGACAAGUACAAGCUCAUCCUGCGAUACCCGCACCUCCCGUGUCUACAGGUGGGACAGGAGCAGAAGCACACCUACCUACCUCUAGAGGUGUGUAACAUAGUGGCAGGACAGCGCUGCAUCAAAAAGCUGACAGACAAUCAGACCUCCACUAUGAUUCGUGCCACAGCCCGAUCAGCACCAGACCGUCAGGAUGAGAUCAGUAAACUGAUGAGAAGUGCCAACUUCAACACUGACCCUUACGUUCGUGAAUUCGGAGUGAUGGUGAGGGACGAGAUGACAGAAGUGAACGGCCGCGUCCUACAAGCACCUUCCAUCCUGUAUGGGGGCAGGAACAAAGCAAUAGCUACACCCAUCCAGGGGGUAUGGGACAUGAGGAACAAGCAGUUCCACACUGGCAUUGAGAUCAAAGUGUGGGCCAUUGCAUGCUUUGCACCACAGAGACAGUGCACUGAACUCCUGCUCAAAGCAUUCACAGAUCAGCUUAGGAAGAUCUCCAGGGACGCAGGGAUGCCCAUCCAGGGUCAGCCUUGCUUCUGUAAGUACGCCCAGGGUGCGGACAGCGUGGAGCCCAUGUUUAGGCACCUCAAGUACACAUACCAGGGCCUCCAGCUGGUCGUUGUCAUCCUACCGGGGAAGACGCCUGUUUACGCUGAGGUGAAACGUGUUGGAGACACAGUCCUUGGCAUGGCCACACAGUGUGUGCAGGUGAAGAAUGUUCAAAAGACGACACCUCAGACCCUCUCCAACCUCUGUCUGAAGAUUAACGUCAAGCUGGGCGGCGUCAACAAUAUCUUACUCCCGCAGGGCAGGCCGUUGGUGUUCCAGCAGCCUGUGAUCUUCCUUGGUGCAGAUGUGACUCAUCCGCCUGCAGGAGAUGGAAAGAAGCCUUCUAUCGCUGCUGUCGUUGGCAGUAUGGAUGCCCAUCCCAGCCGAUACUGUGCCACAGUCCGGGUACAGCAGCAUCGCCAGGACAUCAUCCAGGACCUGGCCACCAUGGUGAGGGAGCUGCUCAUCCAGUUCUACAAGUCUACCCGCUUCAAACCCACCCGAAUCAUCUACUACCGCGACGGUAUCUCUGAGGGCCAGUUCAACCAGGUUCUUCAGCAUGAGCUGCUGGCGAUCCGCGAGGCCUGCAUCAAACUAGAAAAGGACUACCAGCCCGGUAUCACCUUUGUGGUCGUGCAGAAGAGACACCACACAAGACUGUUCUGUAUGGACAGGAACGAGAGGGUGGGGAAGAGUGGAAACAUUCCUGCAGGCACCACAGUCGACACCAAAAUCACUCACCCAUCAGAAUUUGACUUCUACCUUUGCAGUCACGCUGGUAUACAGGGUACCAGCAGGCCGUCUCACUACCAUGUGCUCUGGGACGACAACCACUUCUCUUCAGAUGAACUGCAGGUCCUCACAUACCAGCUCUGCCACACCUAUGUGCGCUGCACCCGGUCAGUUUCCAUCCCAGCACCAGCCUACUACGCGCAUUUGGUGGCUUUCCGUGCUCGCUAUCACUUGGUGGACAAAGAGCACGACAGUGCUGAAGGCAGUCAUACAUCAGGCCAGAGCAACGGUCGCGACCACCAGGCCUUGGCUAAGGCCGUUCAGAUCCACCAGGACACCCUGCGCACCAUGUACUUUGCCUGAGAGCACACAACCCCAGGUUGGCGUGGGUGAGACCUCAUUGAUGGAACACACUACCCCUCGCUGUCUUACUGUCAGCUGUAGAUAGCAUCACAGUGGUUUCACAUCGUGAUCUCCCUACCUAACACACCUGUCAGUUACCAAGUAUGUCUACAAUUGUACUUCAGCCCACAUGUGAAAGCCCCUGACCCACCCAAACCAAGCCAGCUAUUAGACUGUAAGAUGCAAAAAGAAUUCCUCUUUCUAUUGGUUUGAGCUGGAAGAGGUUUUAUUUUCAUGUUGUGCAUUAGUGUGUAUUUGUAUUUGUCGUAGGGAAACAUGUUGCAAAGUAUGAAAGGAAACAGAAACGUGUGUACACCGAUACACAAAAUCUAGCAUUUGUAAACUAGUGGGCAGUAUCAUUAUACAGCGGGGUGAUUUUUAUAAUUUAGAAGAAGCCGUUCACCCUCCUUCUCCUGUUUUUAUUCUGUCUCGGUGCUUUAAGGGCGAAGGCGGCAUCAAAAGAUGGUGGGGGCACGUUCACUGUUCAUUUGCCUAAUAAUUUGCUCCUCUGACAAACAUUAUUUAUCAGCCAAUCAAAGCAAAGUGCACUGACCAGAAUGGGUACUUCAAUCAGGACAUAAGUACUUAACACAUUUAGGGUUGUGUGAGAUUUUCACAUAGGGCACUAUGUGAUUUAAAAAAAAAAAAAAGUGCCAUUUGAGACCACCUUUCUGUUGUCAUUUCUAUGUAAAACUAUGAAUUAUUUGACCCACAUGUGCUGGGUUUUCAGUAUUUGUCCUUGAUUGACACUGACGACCAUUUUAUGCCAAAUCUGGGACAACUUACUAAAGAAUUCUUUGCAUCAGAUUUGUUAUCAACCCUUGAACCAACACUUAGUUUAUUCUAGAUGGCUUUUAGAGACUGAAAGAACAGCGAUUUUUUUUCUUCCCUGUUUCACGUAUUAGUCUGAACUGAUAAAGAUGCACCAGUAACCUAAUUCCCGUGCCGGUAAAUAGUGUAUUGGGACUGGUUCCCAACAAGGAUACCUUUCUAAUGUACUCUGAGCCGUGUUGAUAUAAGACACAUGAUGUAGAAAUCAACACAGGGGAACACAAUGACAUUUUUUUUUUGUUCCCUUCUGUUUUUAUAGUCUAUUUUAAUUUCAAUCAUUUUUGUAAUGAAUAUGCAUGUAGCUGACUCAUGUUUUAGACAUUUAGGCAUUUGUGACAAUUGUUUUUCUUCCUUUAUACGCAUUAACCCAACUUCUAUUUUUAAUGUAUAUAGCAGCAGAAUAGUGUUUCUGCAGUGUCUUUGUCAGAGCGGGAUAUUUGUGUGGCGUUUCGAUAUCCAGGCAUUCGGUACAGUGGAGUGAAAGCUGCAACAUUUUAGAGUUAAACUGAUCGAAAUUCCCUAAAAAAAGAAAAACCAACAAAAAACAAAAACCUUUUUGAUUAUAGUGUUUGCUCCAGGAAUCCAGAAUAUUUGUCGCACAAAAGCUUGGGGUUUUAUGCAAAUGACUUUUUGUGAGUCUUUAUACUAUAUAGUAAUGUUGGUAAUAAGGUAUAUUUUGAAUAAGCUUUCAGCGGAGGUUGCUGAAAAUAUAGAGAUGUUUUUUAAAUGACUGGCCCACAUGUAGUCUAAAUUAACACUGUCUAUUUGUAUACAUAUUUUAAAUGCAAUUAUUCUCUUGCCUUUUAAGACUGUUUAAGUCUUACUAAUAAUUCUAGACAUUUCCUAACAUCCCACCUAAAUUUUACUACUAAGUUAAGCUGGCGAAUGUUCACUUAGUCUUGAUUUGGAGGCGAGUAGUCUAUAUUUUCUAACUAUGCAUCAUUUUUAACCAAGAGAUUUAGUAGUGGGGGGUCUCACAUGAAUUUGGGUCAUUUAUAGAGGUAGAUAAUCAGGGCUUUUUUUUUUUUUCUUUUUUUUGUUAAUGUUGUUUUUUAGCAUGUCGCAUUUAAUAGCGUUUUCUUAGUGCUUUUCAGCAUCUUCAUACCUUUCUAAGGGAUGAAGUAUAUACGUGGUCAUUUGUAACAUUGUAGAUUUUAUAGCCCGAAAGUUGGGCGUAUCCUUUGUAACACACAAAUCUUUCUUAGCCAAACAAGAUUACAAACUUUUACAUGAUUAAUAUUCAAAAGACAUGGAAGCACAAAAGGACAUCUUGAUUCUAGGUGCUAGAAGUUUUCACUGUAAACCACCUUAAAUCCUCACUGGACUGGUCCGCAAGGCUUUUUAACUUGUAUGCUAAACAAAAAAAAAAGAAAAAACAAAAAAAAAAAGAUGCUUCAUCAUUUUGAGGAUCUUUCUCUCCCUCUGACGACCUGUCUGUGUUACCCUUUUUAACUCAUUACCUGUAAAGCAACUAUAAAAUCCGACUGACUGUGUUUGUGGGGCAUUUUGAAAAUCACGUACUUGAUAUUUACUGUUAUGAUGUCAAUAUUGUUCUUAUCGGUGCUGGUCUCACAACAUGUAAAUUUGGAUGCACUUUUGAUAGCAGAACGACGAUUUCUAUAGAUGUGUGUGCCUCGAUCGAAACGGGAGGCUCAGCCAUAUUGUGUGACACUGGUGUAAUUGUAUGGAAAUGGCCGUGUGUUCUACCUCUUGUUACCUGUUUAAGUGUUAUGGUAACAUCACACUGCUGGCCAUUUCUGUAUAAUUACCCCUGCUAUCUGUCUAAUUGGCAUUGUUUGGAGUCUUGCAUUGACGGCAGAGGUUUUAAACGCUUAGUAUGCAUGAUGAUGGUGAACACGCUUUUCUCAGUUUAUAUAUAGUUGUGUGAUUUUUCAUAGUUUUACUCAAACUGAUGUCAAGAGUGAAUGUGUUUUUUUUGUUUUUUUUUCUCUUAGGGGUUUUGAGUGUUGAGCUGUACGACCAAAUUCUUGAAGUGUGUUUUUAUUCACACACAGCUUUCCCUUCUUUCUUUCCUUUUUAUUCUAUGCACCAAUGAAACAACCUUUUAUUUUUUUUUGACACCUUGAUUUUCCACCUGAGAAGUAUAACAACAAAUGAAAAGCCCACAUCAGGUAUGAUUAUUGCAUAUCCUUGGCUUGGAUAAAUUGUAAAAGUACUCCAGCGGUGCUGUUAGGUCGAAUGUUAAUCAAAGUUGCUCGCAAGCGUAAACGAUACAAAGAGAACAACCCCGUCAGCCUGGAAAAAUAUCAAGCUGAUAUUGAAAUUCAUGUGACUAGAUGUUUGUAAUACAGCAAGACCUCUAAUCAGUUAUUGUUUCCGUAUGUAAUCGUGCAUUUAAGUCUUUCAUUCAAGUUCAAGUGUGGCUGGAUCGGAGCAAAUGAGUCGGAUGUGUUGAUGUAGACCGAAAGGUGAGGCUCGUCGUCGGUUCUGUGCUCGGAAACGUGACUGUCUGUGUGACUGCAGGCGUUUUUGUAACGCCACAAAGAUCCGUAUUCGUCAUUUAAUCGAAUGUUCAGUCUUGGGAUUGUCUCUCAAAGGGAUGCCUUGGUAUGUGGUAUUUUAGUUGGAGAUGGUUAGGGGGAGGCUGGUCUUUUUGUGGGCAAAAAGUUUCUGUUUUUGACACUCAGUUUCCACGUGAUGUAGUAAGUCUCCUGAAUAAUAACUUACUAAAAUUCAAAACAUCAAAGUCUCCUUUUAGCAGAUGGGUUUGUACUUCUUGUUACUGCUUCUUUAUGUUUUACGUUACCUAUACCAGCACCUUAGAAUACCAGAUCAGAAUGGCAUUGCUUUUCCUGGAAACAAAACUCAAAACAUUUUACAAUGUUGUUUUUGCACUAAACAAGAAUGGACUUUGUAGCUGUUGCAGCAUUAAGAGUAUUUAUCAGGUGACAGACAAGGCAGCCGCUUUUGUUUUUAUUUAGAAAGGAGCAGUUGGCUUCGGUGGCUUGUCAAAAAUAAAUCUUGCGUGUGCAGCCAACAGGUCUGAGAGCCUCUAUGUGCUCUGUAUAGCCACGCCUGCUGAUCAGGAGAGAUUUUCCACCAAGCCAACCAACAUCCAGCAUUUUUCAGAAAUAUCCCGAUGCCUUUUUUUUUUUUUUUAAACGUUAAAAAGCGAGUGAAACUUGUAGUUGCGCGGGUGGGUUGCCUUUGUUUCAGUGGUGAGAGAGAAAGGUGCUUUUAUGCAAAACAAACUGACAGCUGUUAAAAUGAACUGAUUGGCUGCGGAUGAUGAGGUUUGUGUGAUUGCGUUGCUUGAGAUGUGAUGCCAAAGUGCUGUGUGAGGACGAAGUGUGUAGGAAGGUUUUACAUGGUCACAGUCCCUGUUAGAGACUGCAGUGUGCAUAGAAAUCAUGCUAAAAUAACCACAGACUAUACAUAUCAAUAUACAGAAGAGACGUUUUUUUUUUUUUUUUAACAUAAAUCUGCCUGACAAUAAUGCGCUAAAUCAAGAAUGUGUAUGAAACCAAUACUGAAAAUAAGUACACCAGCCUGGAUAAAUGUGGCACUACUUUAAUAGUUUAGUGGUGCCUGAGGUGCUUAGUUAGGCAUUCAAAACACAUGUGGCAGGAACCAUCAUGAAAUAAUAAGAUACUUUUCUCCGAUUCUUAAAUUAAAUGCACACAUUCACCUCAGUUUGGCUGUUUUUCUGUGUCUUUUGGAGUGGCCAAAACUAGGACGAAGCAAGUUCUAGAAAUGGCCGGUUUGUAAACUAAAUGGCAUAUCAUAAGCUAAGUUAAUUGAUCCGUUUAUUUUAUUUUCAUGAUACCAGGUUUUCUUCUUUUUAUAGAUAUGUUUUUUUUUUUUUUUUUUUUUUUAAAUUUAGGGUUGAAAGAGGCUGAGAUAAAAUUGCUCCAAGUGUAACGAUCAGCCUGUUUUUUACGUUUUCAGCAGGAUUGCUGGCUUUUGAAUGCUCUUGGGAUUUAAAAACAAAAACAAAACAGAUUUCAUAUGAAGCAAAAACCUAUACAUCGACUUAUUCCAAACCCUCUGUACAGUAAUGUCUCUCCUCUCUGCCUCUCAUCCGUCUCUUGUAGAGAAACUAUUUCUGACAUAAAGAAACCUCUUGUAGAGUAGAACCUAUUUUCCUAGAUCCAAAUAACAAUGAAUGUACUUAGAGCCUGCGUGGUUUGUAAUAGUGUAUAGGCUAUCCAUCCAGUACAUUUAUACUCAUAUUUGCUUCUUGUGUACAGCCUUUUCUUUUUUAUUUUUGUGUGUUUUUCUCUUAUUUAUAGGCUUAAUUAAAGAAAAAGUAUUAUGUUUUCUUCUAUUAAUAAUCUCAUUGAUUAGAUAUCGCCCACAUCACAGCUGAUAUCAUUCAUCUUUUCACUGAUUAACAUGAAAUACAAGUCUACAGUUGAGAUGUCUUUCUUUGGAUGUUAGCGACUGUAGUUUUAGUAGACAAACGUUUCACACUGGUGCAAAAAGUAGUCAUGAUUUUUUCUGUUCUGGCGUCAUGCUUGUGUGAGGUGCUGUAACAUAAGAGCUGUGUGUGUAUAUAUAUGAUGGUUGCUUUGGUGUGAUCUUUGUUUGCUGUUAGAUUUUUUUUUUUUUUUUUUUUUGGCUUCUGCUUAAGCCCUCAGUCUGAUAUUCCUGUCCAGUCCUUGCACAGUUGUCCUGUAUAAAUCCAAAAAGUCCUCCCUGAGUUCAGUUCACUCACUCAUUUGUGCCAUGCCACUUGAAAGCAAAGAAGCUUAUGUUUUUCAUUGAGUGUUGCUCAUGUUCCUUAUGUUUGGCGAUAGUAUUACUACGCAGCUGUUUCUCCAAAUUUAAAAAAAAUUUCUGUUUUACAAUUUACAUGGCACUCUGUUGGCUUCAGCAGGCAUCAUUUUCCUGUUCCUAUUCCUAGAUAAACCUUUUCUGAAGCAUAACUUUGUCCUUGAAAGUCAGUCUUUAUCAUGCCAAUGUCCACCCAGUUACCUGAAGCCAUGUGAUACCGGUUUGGUUUUUGCAAUUUAAGCUUGCCUAUAUUGUUGUUUGCAGCUACAAAUCUGAAUUAUUGGGUACAAAUUCAAAAGGGGUACUGGCAGACCUGAGGGAAGAACUAUUAACCUCUCAUGUCCACUUGAUGCCGCUACAUCGCGUUUUGCUGCAGUACCAUCUCAGCUGUUUUUUUUUCCUCUGGUGGAGGCAUUUUCAGGAAGCAGAGUCUUCAAGCACUUCGUUCUUCAACAUUCGUAUUUCCAAUAUUGAUUGAAGUUGUUCCACCAACAUGUUAAGCCAUGCUAGCAGUGUGAUAGUACUGUCAGUCUGAUGGUUGAUGAGUCCACCAAUUUCGUCCAGACUGAAAUACCUAAACAGCUAUCGGAUGGACAAGCAUGACAUUUUGUACAGACGUUCAUGUUCACCAGAGGAUGAAUCCUAAUGGCUUUGGGGAUCUUGACUUUUCCUCCAAUGCUACCAUGAGGUUAACAUUUUCUGUCUUUGAGUGAAAUAUCUCACAACUAUUGGAUGGAUUCAUGCCCCCCUCAGGAUUUAUGACCACAUAUCUAAAAAAAACUGACAUUCCCAUCAGCCUCAGUUAUAUUUAGUUUUUUGUGCUUGUUAGCAAAUGUUAGCAUGCUAACACCAUAAACUUAGAUGGUAAACAUUAUUAUAACUGGUAAACAUGUUAGCAUUGUUGUUGUUAGCAUGCUGAUGAUAGCAUUUAGCUCAUAGCCUGAUACACUGGCUAAAAUUGCAACUGGUAGUUGCAACUGGUAGUACUCUGUUGGGCAGCUGUGAGAGAGCCAAAAACGCGACUCGGCUGCAUCCAGUGGACAUUGAAGGUUAGGCUUGUGGCUGUUGUAAAUCUGACCGAACUGUUUCGGAGCUUCACCAAACCAAACCAAUGCCAUCCAGCUGAUCUACAUGAACCCAAUCAUGCAAGACUUGUGUGGGUAUUUUUGUAUUUUUCAAAGCAUUUCUAGUCUUCUGAAUGACUUGGCUUUUUACUUACCAACUUGGAAAAGAACUACCUCAGAGCAGUGUCCGGUGCUAGCUAAUAUUAGCCCUAAUUUAUAAUAAUGGUAACAAAAUCAAAAAUUGUAGUGACCAAACCAAUACAAGCCAAUAUCGUGUGAGAGCACAGUUCUUUUUUUGAACCUUAAUAAAUGGAAAACUAAGUAUCAUGUAUGACUGGUUGGUUGCUUUAGUUGGUUACAUUUUAAGGGACCAAAUUUUUGUAAUUGGGAGGUCAAGUCUCAUUGUUUCAUGCAAGUCCUUCAUUUUUCAAAAGACAGACAAAAACAACCCAGCGUUUGAAAUAAACUGUAAUCAUGACUGGAUCACAUGUUGACAAAUGUGCCAUCAUAAUUGCUAAUUCAGUAUGACAGUGUGUUAAUAUUCCAGCAAAAUGUUGGCGAUAUUGAGUCAUGUUUGUUGUGGCGUUAAAAGGUUUCAUGGAAAGAUGUAUGUACAGCAAUAAUGUCAGCCUGUGGGCUGUGAAUCAUUGGUAAUUAUUUGUUCGUCUUUACGCUGGUCAAGGCAACUCUCAGUAAACAUCUGACUUUUAGUUAGCAGGACGAUACUUUGCAAAUGGGUAGAUCAACGGAUAAUCUUUGUCUCCACUCCUGUAACCAGCUUUUUCUGUUUCUGUUUUACCGGAAUGUUAAAAUAUCAAGGUUUCAUACUGGAUAGAGCCACUCCACGUGAUCAAAUGCCUACAUUUCUCUGCCGUGUUAACCCAGUACUGCAAUAAAAUCAGGGAGGAUGUCCCUGUCUCUUACUCUGUUCAUUUCCACUUUCCUACGAUUAGCCGGACGUCAUUUGUGUUGAGGGUAUAAGCAGUAGUUUUGCAUGUGACAAUUUACAAAGGGAAUAUACACAUUUGAACAUACUUUACGAUGUCUCACAUCAUUGUAAACUUCAACAAAAGGUACAUAUGAGGUCGUGUGGCAAUGAACUUCAGAUUGUUGUCAUUUUGUCUCAACAGAAAACAUCCAGCGUUGUUUGUAGUCGUUUUAUGUGUGCCUUUUUUGUCGGAUCUUUCUCUUCUCCAUCUGCCCCAACUUUGGGUUUGUAAGUCCUUUUUUCCACAUAAAGGUUUGACAAAAAUUUGCCGCGCCACAUAAACAUAAUUUCCAUUUUUAAUCAUCAUGCAACCUUUGCGUGUAGAUGCUGCAUAGAACGAUCAGUAUUUGUGUUUUGCACUUUCAAAGCAGUCUCAAAAAAAAAUCGCCCACUUGAAGUUGGGCAGAAAGUAAAAAAUAAAUAACUGACGAGGUAUUUUAUGCUAUCAAUAGGAAUUAUAAGGAAUAAUAUGACUUUGAAGAGCUUUUCUAAAAAGGUUGAGAUAUAUAUACAUAUAUAUAUAUAUUCAUGAAGUACCUCAUAAGCCUGAUAUAUGCUGCAUUGACUUGUUUUUUCUUUAGUGUACUUCAUAUUGUCCAAUAAAAAUCUAAUUUUCCCCUUUGGGAGGUUUGAAUGUCACUGCAGGCUGUGCAAAUGCCACAACCAGUUAAUCUGAUAGUUCUGUUGUAACAAAGGAGCUGUUGCACCUUGUGGCCAAAUCAUAAUGUGUCAUUUAUGCAAUUUAUACGUAAUCUCAUCUGAAUAUUUCUCAGCUGUGGCCACAUCAUUUGUCUGUGUUCUGUCUUUUUGUUUUCGCAUAUUCUCUGUGUCUGUGUAGCCAAAAAAAAAUAUCGGGUUUAGUUGACGAAGAGUUGCACCAAGCAUCCUACGAGGCUCUGUGGUAUAAUAUAUAUGACUGUUGACUCAGGUAUUGCCGUGAAAGGGCUAUAUCUGCUUACUGUGUCCCUGCUCCAACUCCUCCUGCACCUUUGUCUUAAAAUAGCCUUAGAUCUACACGAGAGGUUCCUAUUUGGCCUUAAAAGUUGAACAAAUUAUGCACUACAAUUUCACAGACUUGACAGAGCUCAGUUCCCGUUCGGACCCUUUUUUUUUUUUUCUUUUCUUUUCUUUUAAAGAGUUUGUGUCGUGUCAUUGCCAUGUUAUCUACCUCCUAUGAAUGUAGGGGCUGUCCUGGAGAUGUAGUCGACUGCAAAACUUUUUGAUUUUCAUGCUCAUUUAAGGAAAACAGACAAUCAUCUGUAGAUUCUUGAAAAAUAUAAAAUAUAUUCCCCUAUUCAGUCAUAGAGCUGAUUCCAGGACACUCCAUUUUUCUUGAUGUUUUUUCCCUCAUUGGCCAUUUUCAUUUUAUACUUCGUGAUAUUUUUUUUUCUUCGUUGUAAGCCAUGAUGGAGAAGCAAAGUGACCAAAGUCUCUUGGCAAAGGCAGCGCUGCACAGCCUCGUGAAUUCAAACCUCCCUUCAUUUGUGUCAUGAUGAGCUCAAUUUUGAGUUGUUGUUUUUUUUUUUUUUUUUUUUUUUUUUUUUUUUUUUCUCUUUUCUCUUCUCCCUUAUUUAAACCACGACAUGCCAAAACUGAAUUUGCUGUCAUUCCUGUUCUGGUGAGGGUCUUUAUGUUGCUGAUUUUAAUUUGUUCACAUCCACUGCUAAGCUCCUUGUUCUUGUUGUUGUAAAGUUGUAAGCUUUGAUUUCUAUUUUACAUUUCCUUAUUUUUUGUUAACAAUUAUGCUUACAGAACACAAGAUAUGCUGUAAACCCUGUUAGGACAUAAUGUGAAUACGUAUCACUUAAUAUAGUUCACUCUUUUGGCUUGACUGUAAGUUGCGUUAAUUAAUAAAAAUAUUUAAAAAGUU